UUCAACGUAGGGCGACCCCCCAGGUAGGGUUUGCCACCGCGCCCACCCCGCCGCCCGGGGUCCGCCACCGGCUGUGCUCACAACAACGAUGAUCCGUGCGGCACCAGCGGAGGCGGUCGGAGAAGGCUCCGUAGGGGAGGAGGUCUUCAUCGACGACCAUGACAUCAUCAAUGAGAUAUCCCUGGACGAGGAAGAUCUCCCCGACCAAGACGAUGAUGAUGACCAGGGCGAAGACAUGAUGGAUGAGGUUGAGGAUCAUUCAGCAUAUGCAUUUCAUGGGCAUGCAGAUGAGGUAUUUGCUGCUGCUUGCAGUCCUGUAGAUGCAUCACUUGUUGUUUCUGGAGGUAAAGAUGACAGAGGGUUUCUCUGGAGCAUUGGAUCUGCAGAGAAUGUUCAAGAGCUGCCUGGACAUAAAGAUACUGUCAGCACUGUGGCUUUCAGUGCAGAUGGGAAAUUAGUGGCUUGUGGAAGUAUGGAUGGACAGAUAAAUGUAUGGAAUACAGCUACACGAACACUUCAGGGAACCCUUGAGGGCUCUGAAUCAGGCCUUGAGUGGCUUAAAUGGCAUCCGCGACUUCACUUUAUAAUUGCUGGAUCAGAGGACUUCAACAUAUGGAUGUGGAAUGCUGACCUCAGUUCCUUUGGGAAUACAUUUGCUGGCCACAGUAACACAGUGACAUGUGGUGAUUUUACACCUGAUGGUAAGCUUAUUUGUAGCGGAUCAGAUGAUGCAACACUGAGGAUAUGGGACCUUAAAACUGCACAAUGCAGACAUGUUGUUCGAGGUCAUGGUUAUCAUACUCAAGGACUGACAUGUUUAGCUAUUACAUGGGACUCCCAAUCAAUUGUUAGUGGCGCUCAGGAUAGUUCUGUGCACAUCGUGAGUAUAAACUCAGGCAAGGUUGUCGGUUCAUUAGUUGGCCACACUAAUUCCGUCGAGUGCAUUGCCAUCUCACCGAGGUACAACUGGGUGGCUACAGGGAGCAUUGAUCAGACUCUCAUCAUCUGGGACCUCACUCACCAAGCAAUCCGAUCCAUUUGCGAGCAUGACGAUGGCGUGACUUGCCUGGCGUGGAUAGGUUCGUCGAGGUAUGUGGCGUCAGGAUGCAUGGACGGUAUAGUGCGCAUCUGGGACAGCCUCUCUGGGGAGCUGGCUUGCAUGCUGAGCGGGCACCGUGAUGUCGUGCAGUCGCUGGCUGUCUCCGCUGAUGGCAACUCCAUUGUCUCGGUCUCCUCGGAUAAGUCUGCUCGCGUCUUUGACAUAUCCAUGUUCAAGUAAAAAUAUCGAGAUUGGUUUCAUUGGCUUUCAUGGUCAGGAAAUGUACCUGCGGUCAUCAUGGGGAUGUCAGGAGCUUGGCUCUUAUCUUUGCGAUGUAGUCAGUUGUGCAAGCUGAAUAAAGGCGUAAGAUAAGGGAAAAGUCCGGUUUGAACCAUGUGAACCCUAGUUGGAAAUGUAUUUUCCAAAUGUUAAAAAAUUCUGAAAUAAAAAUAUCCGGGUACGUACGCAUGUUCCAUGUGUGCGUAGAAAGUUUUCACGGAGAAA